CAGAGAGAGAGAGAGAGAGAGAGAGAGAGAGAGAAUGGGAUCGGCGGGAGAAUGGUUGGAGAAGGCGUUGGUGGAUCUAUGCCAGAAGGUGGAAACGGGUUUGGGUUUGGAUACGGAUAUGAUUUCGGGUUUAGUCUCCUAUUGUGAGCUCGCUCAACCCCAGGACGCUAAGGAGUAUCUUGACAAUAUUAUCGGGCAGGAAACUGGAAAGGUCAUAAUUGAGGAAUAUUUACGGCGAAGAGGUUGCAUAGAUCUCUGUAGCAGUACCCCAGAGGUUCCAGCUUCGCAAUUACAGGCCUAUGUGAAGCCACCAUCAGAUGCUAUAAGUGGACCCAAAAAACCAUUAAGAACGCCAAAAGUUGUCACAGCUCCCAGUAAUCAGACAGAAACAAAAAGGAAUGUGGCUUCCACUUCUAGUAAUAAUCGGGUUUUAACUGAAUCCAGUGAGUCGAAAUCCACAAAUAAAGGAAACCAAGGUAAUUCUAAAAAGAAGAAAGCUGGGAGAGUUGUGUCACUAGCAGAGGCUGCCAAAGGAUCAAUUGUUUUCCAACAGGGGAAACCAUGCUCUUGCCAAGCUCGUCGACACAAUCUUGUGAGCAAUUGCUUAUCGUGUGGCAAGAUAGUAUGUGAGCAGGAGGGAGAGGGCCCUUGCAAUUUUUGUGGUGCACUUGUACUGAGGGAAGGAAGCACAUAUGCUGGACUGGAAUUGGAUGAAAUUUUGCCUCCCUCAUCCGAUGCUGAAGCAGCAGCUGAAGCUUAUGCAAAGAGACUUGUUGAAUAUGACAGAGACUCUGCUGCACGUACAACAGUUAUUGAUGACCAGAGUGACUACUAUGAGAUUGAGGGAAAUAGUUGGUUGUCAAUGGAGGAAAAGGAACUCUUAAGGAAGAAGCAAGAGGAGAUUGAAGAAGCUGAGAGGGCAAAACGAAAUAAAGUGAUCGUGACCUUUGACUUGGUUGGCCGCAAGGUCCUUGUAAAUGAAGAUGAUGUUUCAGAGUUAGGGUCAGAGAGCAGAAUAUUGAGGCCACCAGAGGAAAGAGAAUUAAACCGGAUUAAACCAAGCCCGGAUCUUAGAGUACAACCGGUCUUCAUGGAUCCAGGCCCCGCUAGGAGCUCUACGAAAGGUAGACAGCCAAACAAGGUUCUUCAAACUGGGUUGUGCUUAGAAAUAACUGGAAGGGUACAGCAUGACAGAAACGAGCUGACAUCCCUUAUGAAAGAAUAAUUAGUUGGAAACAGCUUCUAAAGGGAAGUUUUGGCAUUGUCCAGCUUUAAGCGAAGGUCUGCUUUUUGGUGAUGAUGGGCAGUUUUCUGUGGAUGUUAACUUAGGCAAAUAUGCUGAUUACCAUGAGUUCGAUUGGUUCGGCAUUGAUUUGUUUUUGCUGUUGCUUUGGAAGGGGAAAAAGCUAGAGGAAUAAAGGAAUUUGCUGCAUGUGCUUCACUUUUUCUGGCCAAAGUAGAAAAGAUUCGGAUGGUCCAUUUCUCAACCAAAAUUUGUUUUAGAUAGGUUAUCAGUGUCGACAAUUUGUUGCGCCAAGUUGUCAUAUGGAUUGUGGAAUACUUGUGAGAAGAAAUUCAGGCUAUUGGCACAUGCCACUAUUUUCUUUUUUAAUACAAGGAUACUUUGUUUGUCUAGAAAAAUAUAUUAUUGAAACCAUAAUAGAAUGAUUAGCCAAAUCUGUUACUACUUGUAAAGAACUAAUAAUUGUUUUCGGCGACGACAAGCCUAAAUUGAAAACAUUUCCUGGGCUGUGCUGCUGAGGAGAAGAUUGCUAUGUGCCAA